AUGAGCGAGAGCCAACUCCAGGAGGCCUGGGCGGAAAUGGAGAAAGUGCAAGCUUCCGGCAAAGCCCGAUCCAUUGGCGUCUCCAACUUUCUCCAGAGUCACCUGGAAACCAUUCUCAAGACUGCUAAAGUAAUUCCAGCCGUGAACCAGAUCGAAUAUCACCCAUAUCUCCAGCAUGGAGAUCUACUGGCCUUCCACGAGGCGAAAGGAAUUCGUACCGCCAGUUAUGGCGGACUGGUGCCCAUCACUCAAGCUUCGGGGGGUCCCUUAGACCCCUUGUUGUCAACGCUUGCCGCCAAGUAUGGAGUCAGCGAGUCGGAGAUCCUGCAGCGUUGGGCGAUCGAUCGAGGUGUCGUCGUUAUCACUACCAGCAGCAAAGAAUCGCGCUUAGCUGGUUAUCUGCGUGUGUUUGCCUUCAAGUUGACUCCUCAUGAGGUGGAGGAGAUCUCCCGGCUGGGUCAGCAAAAGCACUAUCGUGCAUUCUGGCUCCCAAAAUUUGAUCCUGACGAUCGGUCCUGA